AUGUCCGUCCAAAUUCAAGAUAUCAAACCUUUGCAUCUCAAGCCAGUACAGCACCAGCAUCGAGAGUCACCGCGAUGCGAUCCGUUCAACUUCCGUCUUCGCGAUGACAAGAUACACCUCUUGCUCUGCGCAUCAGGCUCUGUCGCAACGAUAAAGAUACCUAAUAUGAUCCAAGCGCUCUCGAAGCAUCCCAACGUCGCGAUACGGCUCAUAUUCACGUCCUCCGCGGCAAACUUCUUACAAGGCCAAAGUAAAGAACAGCCCUCGAUAGAGGACAUAGGAGUACUACCGAACGUAGAAGGGAUUUAUUUUGACGAGGAUGAAUGGAGUGAGCCCUGGGUGCGAGGCAACAAGAUCCUGCACAUUGAGCUGCGACGGUGGGCAGACAUGAUGGUUGUCGCGCCGCUCAGCGCAAACGCACUUGCAAAGAUUUCACAAGGAUGGUCGGAUAACUUGCUGCUGUCAGUUGUACGGGCGUGGGAUACAACGGGCUUGAUCGACCCGGUUAGAGACAUCCCGGGGGUUGAGUGGCCGCAGGGGAAGGACGGGGAAACGAAGAAGAGAAUACUCGUCGCACCGUCAAUGAACACGGCGAUGUGGCAUCAACCGAUAACGACAAAACAGGUAAAGAUCUUGGAUGAGGAGUGGGGAGUUAAGAACGGGGGAUGGUUUGAAGUGUUGCAACCGAUGGAGAAAGAGCUAGCGUGUGGGGAUAUCGGAGGUGGUGCAAUGAAGGACUGGAGGGAGAUUGUGCAAGUCAUUGAGGAGAGGUUGGGCCUGAUUGCUACCGGGCUAUGA